AUGUUAAAUGGAAUAAAAUUUAUAAAACUUUAUGUUCUAAUGAUCUGUUUGAUUUUAAUAACAUUCUAUUACAGCACAAGAAUAGAUUUUAGUUCUAAAAUAGAGCGGGAAUUUUCUAACUUUUACUAUAAAACAGAUCUCAAUCAAUUCAUAGAGACUGAUAUAAAUGAUAGAAACAAUAGAUUUGCAGCAGAAGAGGACAUUGAAAAAUACAUAGAAAACUUCUUUAAGAAUUCCAGUAAAGCAAAUGAAUUUAUUAACUUCUUUAAAGCUAUUGCACAAAAGAAUCUUUUAUUAGUUAGAUAUGAGUUAUUGUUAUCACUAGUAAUGUUAUUACCAGUAAAAAUUAUUCAUAGAGAAAAUCCAGAUAAAUCAAUGGUAACAUACUUUAAAGAAUUAGACUGUGAUAUAUUUGAUAAAUAUAAUGAUUACCACACUGGAAAUAACAAAAUACCACCAGAUUUAAUUAAACGUAUAAAAGAUACCGGAAUAAUGCUUCCUAAAAUAAUUGCAGUUGUUUCAAUUGGAAUUGAGAUAUUUCCAUUAAUAAAUAGAAUCAUUAUACAUGAUUCUAUUGAGGUAUUUCCUGAUUUAGAUUAUGUAAUAGAACAUUCAGUUGAUUUUAUUUUAACUUUUGGUUUUAGUUCUAAGAACAUACUGAUCAAUCUUUAUUCCGAACUGAUCAAGUCCAUGUUUGCAUUUAUAUUUAAUAAUGCUUUAUACACGUGUAAGGGUGUUUGUCCUGAAGAAUAUAAAAUGAAUGAUGAGAAUUGUAAAAAAAUUCUAUAUAAGGUAAUUGAAGAAAAUUUUCCAGGAUCAAAAGCACUAGUAAUAAAUAAAAACAACGUAAAUGAACCAAUAAAUGAACUAAUAAAGUAUCUUAGUGAAGAAGGAAGUAAAUACAAGAAAGAAAGGUUAAUUGAAUUUUUAGGUGUGGUGGGAAGUAACGCAAUUGAUGCUGUAGGUCCUUAUAUUUGUAGAAUAAUCAGAUGUGCUAACAUACCAACCCAACUUUAUGGUAGCUUUGUAUUUUCAUUGCUAGAUAGAAUUCAUUGGAUUGUAGUUAAACACGUAGAAGGUAAUUCAGCUAUAACUAAAAUACAAAAUUAUUUAAAAAUAGACAUCAAUGAAGAUAAAGAUAAAAUGAUACAAAAUACUUGGAGAUGA